GCUUUUGCUUAGUACCUACGUUAUAAUAAUUUAAUGGGCAUAGGACAAGCAAUAAAAACUUGUGCUUCUCAUAUAACAAAAUGUCGUAGGGAAUAAAACAAAAGGUAUAUGUCUUUUUUUCUUUGAUACAAUUAAAUGUCUUACUUAAAUUACAUUCAACUAUCCAUACAAUGAUUGUUUUAUAUUUCAUAAUUUUUUUUCCUCUCUCCCCUGUCAUUCACUCAUUUUCUUAUCAUCAUUUGAUAAAGUUGUCAAUACUCAAGCAUGUCUAUAUACAAAUAUUUCUCUGUUUUAUUUCUUUUGUUUUUUCCUUAUACAAUAUUGACUAAUAAAGAAUUUCUAUUAACAACUACAAAUAACUUUCAUCAUAUACAGUGUAAUAAUAAUUUUCAUAUUAAAAUAAAUUCUAUUAAAUAUUUUUAUAAUAAAUAUAAUUGUACAUUUAUUCUUAAUGAUGAUGAUGAUAAUAAUCAUAAUAAAAUAAAUAUAUGUUCAAAUCAAUCAUCAUGUUUUAUUAAUUUCAAAUCUUUUUCAUUCUUUCAUAUUCAAAAUCAUCUUAAUAAAUGUCAUUUUAUUAAAUUAAAAUAUAUUCGAUUAAAUUAUUCAUGUAUUAAUGAUAAAUUAAUAUCGAUUAAUAUUUUAACUCAAUCGAAGAAAAAUGAUUCAUUAUUAAUUUAUACAAUAAAUACAAUUCUUAUAUGUUUAUCUAUUAUAAUUUUUAUUAUUUUACUUGUUUUUAUCUAUUCAUAUAUACAACAUAGUUUCAUAGAUGAAAUUCAACAAGAAAAAUAUUUAACAAUGAAUGAUAUAGAAAAUAUUCAAUUAAAUUCUCAAUCAAUUUAUCAACAAGAAUAUGAAUCAAAAAUUUUAUCAUUAAUAAAAUCAUCUUCUUCAUCAACAUUAACAUCUCUUAAUAAUCAAAAUACUAUUACAAAUACAAGUGAAUAUGAUAAUUUAACAAAAGAUACAUAUCAAUCAUUAGAAUUAGAAUUACCAUUUAAAGUUAAAUUUUAUGAAAACUAUCAAUUAAAAUAA